GGGGAAUGUAUGGACCACGUGUUAUAUAAACGACAACUUCUCAUCUAGGCACCUGAACAGGGAGGUGACUGAAGAGGAGAAGAUGACGAUGGUUUGUCCCACCCCUGGUGCUCGUUGUUUUUCGCCGCUUCUUCGGAACCCUGUGGAGCUCGAGGUGGCAGAGGGGAAAGUGUUCGCGGGUGACCAUGGGUACACAUACACGCAUGCCAGAGGGGAGGACGCUACGGCUGAUGGAAUAACCACGCUGGUAUGGGGCCCAUUCAACCUGAACCCUGACGUUCUGGCUGCCAUAGACAUUGCGGCCCAUGUCAUCCCUGAGGGGCAGUUGCAGCAGCAUAUGGCCCCUCAGAAGUAUGGAUAUCGUGUGAACUGGGUCCCAGGAUGUCUGCAGCCGGCAACAGUUGAUGGCAAGGGGACCAUGGCAGCGAAACUGCAGACAGGCCAUUGGCUGUCCUUGGGGUGGAUGCAUGCAGGCAUGGUGGAGCAGUGGCAGUUCUUGGUGGUAGUCGCACGUGUCUCCAUUUUCAAUGCAGAUGUGAAGGACCACGUGCUGGUUGUGGAGCAUGCAAAGCGGUGCUGGGAGAAGAUAAGGGAGGAGGACCGUCAGAUGGUGUGCAUGGGUUACGACUCCAUGCCAGACCAGGGGAUGUGGUCCAUGGUURAGKGGAGUCCUGGUGGGCAAGGGCAGGGCGAUGGCGAGAACAGGUACAUGGCUCACAUCUGCCGCAGGCAUGGUUGCUCCGCCCUUGUUGGUUGGGUCCCGGCCGUAUGUCGCAUGACAUACGAGCAAGGUGGAGAGAUGAUGAUGAGGUUCAGGGACCCGCUUGGUGUGCCGUUUCUGCUGACGUACUCGGAUGGCCUCCUGCGAGACAUUCGGUAUAUGGUGGCCGAGGACACCCGAGGUGGACAUCGGAGGCCGGGACAGACGGAGGAGACGCGCCCGGGACAUCAGUACGGUUUGUCUGCUGAGGUGGAGGGCCUAUGUGGCGGUGAGCGAGUUGCAGGGUGCUCUGCAGCGCAGGGUGACGUGGCCGGGCCCAACAAGACAGCGAUGUCCCACAGCCCGAGGAAGGUGAUGGCGGUUGUGUCGAGGCCGCGGAGGGGGAAGACGGCUGGUGACAAGCAAAAGAAGAACCCCCAGCCUGUGCCACAGACCGGUAACAAUGCAGAUGCGCCUGCACGGAGAGAAGAGGUCGAAAGACAAAGCUUGUGCAUCAUGUCGAUGUCGGUAGCACAGGUGGCGAAGGCUCUCACAGAGGUGAUGAAGUAUGCAGAGGAGGGCUUCCACUACAACGGCCGUGGCGAGUUGUCUUUGUUGGAGGAAAGGGUGUCGGGGUACUUUGCUGUUACCGUGGAUAUGAGAUCCACGAUCAUGGCCAACGGCAGUGGUUGUGUGCAGGCACGAACACUCUUGGAACGAUUGAGAGAGUCACCUGAUAUUCGUGUGGAGAGCGACGCGGAAGACAACCCAUACAGUCUAAAAGGAGUUGUGCAGUGGAUGUGCAGCGAAGGCAUGUGCGACGAAGGACAAUGCAGCAGAAAGGGGGGACCUAUACACCUGUGGCUUUCAGGAAGUUUAUGAGACGAUGCAGAGCACAGAGAUGAUGCAGAGGAGGAGUAUGAGGAAGAGUACGAGGGGUCUGACGUGGAGGUGAGCGGCAGCGACGUCAGCAGCGACGAAGAGGACGACGACAAUGAUGUGUACUAUGAUCUCAAGACGGCCUGUGGACAAGUAACCAAAGGUUGGGCACAUGCAAUCCUCAGGAAGCGAAAGGCCGUCAUCUUCCACAAGGCCCUUUCGACGGUCUUGCAAGCUGCGAAGGAGGCAUCGCACGACAGCAUCACGAUACAGUCGACGCGAUUCGGGGACGUGACUGUCCACCCUUUCCUCCUCAACUAUAUACAGGACUACCCAGAGCGAUGUGCGCUGGCGAAUGUGAAGUUUGGUGUAUUCCCUACAUGCACCGUGUCGAAAACGGACCUCGAUGUCGUGGCAGAUUUCACGGACAGCAGGAGAUCCCAGACGCUGGAAACUCAACUCGCACCAGCUGUGUUCACGGCGGACGACGAUGACGUGCGCCGUGCGGCGGAAGGGCGAAUGGCGGAGUUGGACAUGCAUAGGCAUGUUGAACAGAACGGCCUUUGGGGGUUCUACAGGGGGCCGAGUGGCGAUGAUCCUCAGCUAGACUACCACCUCGCAUUGCAACCAGACCGUAUGCACACGAUCGAACACGGCAUAUUCCUGCACAUGAUCGACGCAUUCAGGGCGGCAGCCUUUGAGAAGUUGCUGAACACACCGCAAACAGAGAUCCUGAAGGAACUCGAUGCGAGAUUGCUAUGCGUUAGUGAGAGAUGUACGCGAACAUAUCCCCAACUUGUGCUGCCCGUGGCCACAGGCAGCGAUUGUUUUUCUCGAGAGGGACGCUUCGAGGCGAAGCAAAACCGGUCUGUGAUGACAGUGUGCGUGUUCCUCAUUUUUAAUAUAAUCCCGCGCUCGACAGGCAAGAACAUUACCGCUUGUUUUGUUAAGCUGAUGCAAAUGUACGUACGGUUGUUUCGGCGCACAACACACACUCGAGCUUCCCUCGACGAAUGUGACGCGUUGAUGACGGACUUCGUAACGACCAUCAAAGCGAAAUUUGGAAGAUACCAACCAUCAAAUUGGAAACUCCCGAAGUUGCAUGAUCUUAUGCAUAUGAGAACGAGUAUUGAGCGAUCUGGUGUGGCCGACACAUUCGCUGCAGACGUUUGGGAGCAUCACCACAGGAGAUUCUGCAAAUAACCGUACAUGUCAUCGAACAAAAGGAAAGCAUCAACCCAAAUUGUUAACCACGUG